GCCGGAACCAGAACUGUGACAGAUUUCUGAACCACUAAUUAAAAUUGAUGGUUGAAGUUUCCUUCGAAGUUUUGGACGAGGCGUAAAAAUGGCUGAGCAAGAAGAAACGCAGAAGAAGAAAAGGACUUUCAGGAAGUUUACUUUUCGUGGAGUGGACCUGGAUCAGCUGUUGGAUAUGCCAGCAGAACAGUUGAUGGAGUUGAUGCAUUCUCGUGCUCGACGACGUUUUCGUAGAGGGCUUAAGCGCAAACCAAUGGCACUUGUUAAGAAGUUGCGAAAAGCCAAGAAGGAAGCCCCUCCCAAUGAAAAGCCUGAAAUUGUAAAAACCCAUCUGCGCAACAUGAUUAUAGUUCCUGAAAUGGUUGGCAGCAUCGUUGGUGUAUAUAAUGGCAAGACUUUCAAUCAAGUGGAAGUGAAGCCAGAGAUGAUUGGUCACUACUUGGGCGAAUUUAGUGUUACCUACAAGCCUGUAAAGCAUGGUAGGCCAGGUAUUGGUGCUACCCACAGCUCAAGAUUCAUACCUCUGAAAUAAAGAUGUCAG